AUGAAGUUGCUCCAUAAAGACAUUGAGAAAGAUAAUGCCGGUCAGGUGACUUUGAUGCCCGAGGAGGCAGAAGAUAUGUGGCACACCUAUAACCUGCUCCAAGUGGGGGACAGCUUGAGAGCGUCAACGAUCAGAAAAGUACAGACGGAGUCUGCUACAGGAAGUGUGGGGAGCUCGAGAGUCAGGACUACUUUGACAUUAUGUGUGGAGUCUAUCGACUUUGACACCCAGGCAUGCCAGCUGAGAGUCAAAGGCACUAACCUUGAGGAGAACCAGUAUGUCAAGAUGGGAGCUUACCACACUAUUGAGCUUGAGCUCAAUAGGAAAUUCACUCUGGCCAAAAAGAACUGGGACAGUGUGGUACUGGAUAGGAUCGAGCAGGCAUGCGAUCCUGCCCAGAGGGCCGAUGUGGCAGCUGUGGUCAUGCAGGAGGGUCUCGCCAACCUGGUGCUGGUGACCCCCGCCAUGACUCUGCUUCGUGCCAAAGUGGAAGUCACUAUUCCUCGCAAGAGAAAGGGAAGUUGCAGCCAGCAUGAAAAGGCAUUGGAGAGGUUUUAUGAGGCUGUGAUGCAGGCAAUUAUUCGCCAUAUUAAUUUUGACGUGGUGAAGUGCAUGUUGGUGGCCAGCCCAGGGUUUGUGAAGGACCAGUUCAUGACGUACCUCUUUAAAGAGGCGGUGCGACAGGACACCAAAGUCUUACUCGAGAAUCGACCCAAAUUCAUGCUGGUGCACUCAUCCUCCGGCCAUAAGUACUCGCUCAAAGAAAUCCUUUGUGACCCCACUGUGACGAGUAGACUUUCUGAUACCAAGGCUGCUGGAGAGGUGAAAGCCCUGGAAGACUUCUAUAAGAUGCUGAAGAACGAGCCUGACAGAGCAUUCUACGGCCUCGGCCAUGUGGAGAGAGCCGCUGAAGCCCUCGCCAUCGACACCCUCCUCAUAAGUGAUCAUUUGUUCAGGCAUCAGGACGUCCCCACAAGGAGCCGUUAUGUCCGCUUGGUUGACAGCGUGAGAGACAACGGUGGCAAUGUCAGAAUCUUCUCAAGCCUUCAUGUGUCUGGAGAACAACUGACUCAGCUGAGCGGGGUGGCCGCCCUCCUGCGGUUUCCCAUUGCUGAUCUGUCAGAUGCAGAAGAUGACGAUAGCUCAGAUGAAGACUCAUAA